GAUCUAUGCGUGACAAAAGUAUUCCCACGUGAUUUCUAAAUGACCAAUCACAGGAUGUUUUCAUCAAAAACCUUUGAACUACAUCAGCUGGUUAAAAAAUUUGAGCUCCAGCGCACGGUAACUUUGGAACAGUUUAUCGUCAGCUAUGGACGCAUCAACUGCUGCAAGAAGUGGCCACUGUGAAACGAAUGGUAACUCAACCAAAAUGGUGGCAAACGGUUCCAUCCCACAGAAAGUCUCGCUCAAGUUUGGAGCUCAGACACAAAAGAGUUCUAGAAUCCUGUCCUUGCUGAAAUUCCUAUGGUUCGUCGUGGUGUGUUUGUUAUCCUACGUGCUUCUCUUCGCGUUUGCCCUGCCCUUGACUCCAUUAAUUGUGGUAUACUACAGUCUAAAGCUGGUUGAACGAUAUCUCGUCUAUUGGACAUCAGGCGACCUUCCCUUGAGCGGUCUAGACGCGCUUUGGCAACAGAAGAGUGAUGUGAAUCGUUUGGCAAUUACCGGAUUUGUCUGCGCGGAGAACAAAACUGACUUCGAGACAGCUGUUCGAGAGUUCCAACAAGUUGUUGUAGACCGCAUGAUGAAAGCUAAGAAGUCGGAUGGAACCUUACGUUAUCCAAGGGCCCGGUGCCGUAUUCGUCCAGGCUACUUUCAGUACUUCUUUCAAGAAGACAGAUGUUUUCGCAUUGAAAACCACGUCUUUAAGUGGGAUGGCGAGGUACCCUCCUCCAAAGAAGAGUUAGAGGCUGUCGUUUCUAAGCUGAGCAACGAACCCUUUAAAGAAGGAAUUUCUCCUUGGUAUUUCUGCUGUGUUCCUACAAAUUUUGGCGACAAGGAUUUUACAUUAGUCUUCAAGAUGAGUCACAGUGUGGCAGAUGGCGUGUCCUUAACAAGAUUCAUCAUCAACCAGCUACCAGAUCAAUCAAAAGAUGAGAAGGAGACCAAGAAGUUUACGUCAUCAACCUCUCAAGUACCUCUCAUGGCCAAAGCAAUAUUAAGAACAGGGUAUUCACUGUUGAGGCUAAUUCUUGCCAUUCCCGACCGAUCCAUUUUACAUGGGCCAAAGAUCAGUGGUGUCAAAAAAGUUGCCUGGAAUGAAGAAUUUGAAUUCAAAUUAAUCAAGCAAAUCAAGACUGCCACAGGUACAACUGUCAAUGAUGUCUUGAUGUCUUGCCUCUCGCAUGCAAUCAGAAGGUACUUUCAGAAAAAGGGAGUAGCCAACCCCCCUGACUUCAAGGCAGCAAUUCCAGUAGAUGUCCGUCUUUCAGCCACCAAGAAAGAACCCAGCUUUGAAAACAUGUUUUCUCUGAUCUUCCUUAAGCUCGCAGUAGGAACUGAAGGUGUUUUGGAUCAGUUGCAGGAGACCAAAGCACGCAUGGAUGAGUGCAAAUACUCAGGCGAACCAUUAGCCACAGCUUGUGUGAUGAUGCUGUCAAAUGAAUUACUCCCAGAAUUUGUGAUCAGGAAAAUAAACACUGUAAUCACUGAGAAGGCAAGUUGUGUUUUAUCCAAUGUACCUGGUCCUCAGAAUUCUCUCUCAAUAACUGGUCGAACUAUCAAGUACACAACAUUCUGGCCUCCUCAGAAAGACAACAUUGGUGUAGGGCUGUCUAUCUAUACCUAUGCUGGCCGAGUCAUUAUUGGAGUGCAAGGUGAUGUCAGUGUGCUACCAGAUCCACAGAUCAUCACAGAAGAGUUUGGAAAUGCUUUGAAGGAGAUGGCCCGAAGCGUUCUUCAUGAUGACGUAGUCAAUGGAAAUGUGAUUCACUAGCCUUGACCUGCUGAUCAGCUGCAAAUUCUAACAAGUGAUAGAAAUGAACUAACUUUGGUCCUGUUUUUGUUUAACUUUGUUGUGUAGAGGAAAUUCAGGUAUGAAAAAAGUAAUGUUGUGAUUAUUUCAUUUAGUCCUAUAACAAGGCCUGAUAAUUACAUAGAAUGAAAAACAAGUCUAGCUAAAACCAAACGUUUUCCAGGUGCUCAGAAUGCAGUCUAAAAUGGGCAGUGAAGGCAUUAAGCUGAAUUGCUGAUGAGGGUAUCUUUGGAAUUUUACUUGGUAUAAACAUACCAUGUGCUUCACAUUUGUAAAAAAAAAUUCCUCAUGGAAGAGUAAAAAUAGAAACUGUAUCCCUUUUGUUGUUAUAACUGACACAAAACAUUUUUACUAGAAAAAAAAUUAAUAGUUGUUUUCUAUGCUUCUAAACAAUUUUUUUGAUAAAAAAAUCACACAAAUUGGGAUGUUUGCAAAAUGUGGAAUCUUGUCAGUAUUAACCUUUAACAUGUUACACUCUAACACUUAUGUAUCUAUUUUCUCCAUACUCUUCUCUGUACAUUUCCUUUGGUGCUGAAAAGGAGAAUUUGUUUAUCAAUCAAAGCUUAUGUUGUCAAUCAUUUUCUCUAUUCUCGUGAUCUUAAUGAAUGAUUCAGCUGGAUUACUGAGAGAGUUUAAAGAGUCAUUCCCAGUACUGUUCUAAGCAUGCAUAUAAGUUUACGCAUGUGAAAUUUGCACAGAAAUUUGGCAUUUAGCCAGAGACCAUAAGGGGAAUAACUGUAGUAGUGGUUUUGGUGUAAAUCACAUGUUGAUCCAUUUUGUUCCCUUUUCGAAGUGAGGAUGAGGAAGAAAUCAUAAGAAUUUUGUGCUCACUUAACAGGCAUUAUUACUCCCAAAAAUGUGUUGGUCUCUCACUAUGAUUUUUGUUCAAAAUUCUUAUUCAAACUUGUGAUUCAAGUGUGAGAUGCAAAUUGCAAUGCAAGAUCUUUUUCAUAUUGACCUCAAAAGUUACUAAGAAUAUUUAUUUUAGGUUUAAUAGAAACUAUCCAAAAUCACCCAGAUUAGAUGUAUAAUUUUAUAUUUAAAAAAUGAUCACAAAUCAAUUUAUUAGGGUUAUAAAACAAUUCCAAGUGAUCUUUAUCUUGAUUUGAUCUUGUGGAGAUAGUUAGUCAUGAUAACAUAGUGCAUUAAUUUGUGAAAUUUGUUAUUGAUUUGCUUGUUAAAAAUGAACUUAUCCAGGAACUGUUUAUUUUUAUUGUCAGCUUGAAUGAUAUUGAAUUUUGCAAGCAGCUUGGCAGAUGUCAGAUGAAGUGUUAUUGCUCUACUUGAAAUCAUAUUCCAUACUAUUAUUAGCUACUGAUUAUCAUUAUAGAAGAAAAUACCAUGUAGACUUUGCUCAAAAUAAGAGAACAAGGGAUAGAAAAAAUAUGAUAGUCAAGAAA